AUGACGACUACGAUGCUAACGGAGAGUAAGAGACAGUAUGUGGGCUCGAUCAAGACCGUUUGUGGGCAUACCGAAGGGGCCGCCGAAAUUGCCGCGGUUCUGAAAGGUUCCCUCGCGCUGCAGCACAAGACCAUACCCCCGAAUCUGCUGUUCAACCAAUGGCACCCCAACGUGCAGCCGUUUUCCGAACAUCUCGCCGUGCCCACGCAGGCGCUGCUGUGGCCUGUCGUGGCGCCUGGCCAGCCGCGUAGGGCUAGUAUCAACAGCUUCGGCUUCGGGUGUGCCAAUGCACACGCCAUCCUGGAAAGCUAUGAAAUGGCGGUCCCGGACAGCCCCCCAAGCUCCAAUCCUGCAGUAGUGACUGCGUUCCUCUUUUCCGCCACCUCGGAGAGAUCGCUUAAUGCCAUGUUAUCCGCGUAUGCGGCGUGGCUUCAACAACCUUUCCCUGCGUCUUCGGCGGUAAACCUGCGGAAUCUGAGUUAUACACUGCAUGCGCGGAGAUCUGAACUCUCCGUGCGAGCCGCGAUUCCGGCCACCAGUUCGGUGGAAACCCUAACGCAGCGAGUGGCAUCCCGCCAAGCACAGGGCGCGUCCGCGCGGAUUCUAGGCGUCUUCACCGGCCAAGGCACGCAAUAUAUGUAUAUGUAA